UUUGAACCGAAGGAGCGGGCCCCAAGGUCGUCCAUUUCAGACACUGAGGCCUGAACGUUUUUCAGGAUGAUUUAUAAUUGCGGAGAGAGCAUUUGGCAAACAUUUCUCAUCCGGGAGCCAGUUUUGGUAUGCAGUGAUUUGCUCCAUUUCCACUGCAAAUCUUAACUCUUUGCUGUCUGAACUGCACGCUCAGCUUCCCAGAAUGGAAUUGGGUUGGCACCGACAUUUGUGUUCGGGUAUUUGUGAAAAAGACUUUUCCCAGUGGUCUGCAGGAUAUCUGGCAUUAAUAUAAACGUAUGGCUGCCACUAUUCAUUCACAGAUCAUCUUCUUCCUGGGGCAGGCGCCGCCAAUGCCUUCUGGGCAUUCUUUGUUCUGACUUCAGCCUUACUGUUCCUCUGGUGGUAGUAGAUAGGGGAACUGGGAAGCUGUUUUCCUUUCCCUGCUGGCUCUGACAGGCCAGGAGCUGAAAUACUCUCCUGUCCUUCACCCUUAGCCAGUGUCUGGAAUGCUACCAUUAGACUGGAAGUAAUACCAGGAGGCUGAUUAAGGAUGAUGUCUCUAGGAAUGCCCGGGGCGAAUGUUUUUUGUUCGUUUAUUUGGUUGUGUUUUUUUUUUUCAAGAUCGAUUACUCCACUUUCAGACAUUUGUUUGUAACACUUUAGAUUGAUUUUUUCCUUUGCUUUAGUUUCUGUUCCCUGUUCCUGUUUAUUUUAGUUCUCCUUUGCUUCGUAUGCAACUUCCAAACUUGGCAUUUUGCAGAUAACGCCUCUCUCCUUUCAUCCUCGUAUGGCCCCUAAUGAUUUUGCCCAUUUGUCACGUUUGGCCCCAAAUACAACAUACAGCCCUAAGGGAGAUGCAGGGCUCUAUUUAUUAAUGUAACACAGAUACGCUGUAGUGAUUUAACAGGAGUGGAGAUGGCUGAAUACACUUGGUUAUUUGCUGCAUAGAGAGCAGGGUUAAACAUAUACCUACAGCUGGCCCUCCCACUCAGUCACGGGGCUCAGAGUUGACCUCCUUGCUUUCUCAACUCCUAGAAGCACAAGGAGCCUUUGGUGCACUUGGAUCCACUGCUGUGCCAGGUCUUGGCCGAGGGCUAACGCCUACGGGAUCGUACGCCACUCUAAGAAAUAACCCUAGAGAAGCUCUCAAAGUUUCAGUCUAACCAUGAGUCUCUUACAGAAGAUCAGUAUCAGCAAGGUGUCCUGACGUCAAGGUGCAAGGGAUCUCUGUGCAGGCGUGACCUUGUGAGGUGAAGGGAGAUCGUGUUGUGUGGCCUGGUGCUGUGCAAGAGAACUCCAGGGGCACUUGGGCUGCCGUCCAUUUGGGGCUCCAGUUCAACUUCUGCCUUCCAGCUGCAACCAUCCUAGCCUGCAGGAGAGCAGCAAAUGGCCUCAGCACAGCCAUCUCAGGAGCCCGUGAGCUUUGCGGAGGUGGCCGUGUAUUUCAGCAGGGAGGAGUGGGCGCUGCUGGACCCUGCGCAGCGAGCGCUGUACCGGGACGUGAUGCUGGAGACGUACCAGUGCGUGGCCUCGAUGGGUCCACUUCCAGCCCCCAAACCCGUGGUGAUCUCCCUGCUGGAGGGAGGGGAUGACCCCUGGAUCCCAGAUGUGCGUAGCCCUGAGGCCGUGCCAGGAGACCUCAGCCCAGCAGGAGCCGAGGUCACAAAUCUAAAGAAGGGUCUGCAGAAAAGUGGUGUGGCCAAAAGGCAGAGCAGCCAUGUCUCAGUGGGAAGAAUCAGAAAGGAUGUCCAGAGGUGCCUGGAGAAAGCACAGCACUCCAAGAAGCCCCUGGGAAACCGUCCGGGAAAGAAGCUGAGGAAACCUCUGGAUUUCAGCAGAGGUCAAAAGCAGACUGAAGACCCGAGGAGCAAGGAAGCGUGCCAGAAGAAGCUGAAUCCACGUGUUCUGCGUAGGAAAAGCUUUAAAAGGUAUGCCAGCCUCGUUAAUCACCAGCGUGUGCACUCUGGGAAGAGCCAGUACAAGUGCUCUGACUGUGGAAGGAGCUUCAGAUGGAGAUCCAAACUCACCCAGCACCAGCGCAUCCACACUGGAGAGAGACCCUUUAAGUGCUCUGAGUGUGGGAAGAGCUUCAAAAGGACCUUCCAGCUGACGGUGCACCAGCGCAUCCACACAGGAGAACGGCCCUUUGAGUGCUCUGAGUGUGGGAAAAGCUUCAAAAGCCGUUCUGAACUGAAGCUCCACCAGCGCAUCCACACAGGAGAGAACCCCUUUAAGUGCUCUGAGUGUGGGAAGAGCUUCAAAAGCAGUUCCAACCUCAGAGUGCACCAGCGCAUCCACACAGGAGAGAGGCCCUAUGAGUGUCCCGAGUGUGGGUGGAGCUUCAAAAGGAGUUCUCAGCUUGCUUUCCACCAGCGCAUCCACACAGGAGAGAGGCCCUUUAAGUGCUCUGAGUGUGGGAAGAGCUUCAAAAGGAGUUACCACCUCACCUACCACCAGCGCGUCCACACGGGAGAGAGGCCCUUUAAGUGUCCUGAGUGUGGGAAGAGCUUUAAAAACAGUUCCAACCUCGGAAUACACCAGCGCAUCCACACGGGGGUGAAACCCUUUAAGUGCUCUGAGUGUGGGAAGAGCUUCAAAAGCAUUUCUGAAUUGAAGCAGCACCAGGGCGUCCACACAGGGGAGAGAUCCUUUAAGUGCUCUGAGUGUGGGAAGAGCUUCAGAAGCCGUUCGAACCUCACAGUACAUCAGCGUGUCCACACGGGAGAGAGGCCCUUUGAGUGCCGUGAGUGUGGGAAGAGCUUUAAAAGCAGUUCCAACCUCGGAAUACACCAGCGCAUCCACACGGGGCUGAAACCCUUUAAGUGCUCUGAGUGUGAGAAGUGCUUCAAAAGCCGCUGUCACUUGAAGCAGCACCAGCGCAUCCACACGGGAGAGAAAUCCUUUAAGUGCUCUGAGUGUGGGAAGAGCUUCAGAAGCCGUUCUAAUCUCAACUCCCACGCACGCGUCCACGAAGGAGGCAGACCUUAGAAGUGCCCUAAUUUUGUGAGAGCCUUCAAAAAAACUUCCAGCCUCGUUACCUACCAGCACGUCUGCACAGGACACAGAGCCUGCAGUGCUCCAGACUCUCCAGAGCUCCCCAGCCUUCAAACCAGAGUAGAGCCUUUGAUUUUGGACACUCUGUUGUCUCUCUCUCUCUCAUUUUAUUUAAUUACCCUCAGUUCCUGUUGUAUUGUAUUAUAUCGUGUUAUUUAGCAAUCCGAUAUCAAAUUAAGUUUCCUCCUUGGAUCGUUGCCGCUGUUCUGUUUUUUAUGGGCUCAGCUCCCAUCUCCCAACUUCCCCCUUCUCCCUUCCACUUUUUUUUGGGGGCUGGUGUGCCUUCAGGCCUCCUGUCACGGACACAGAUUCACUUAGAUAACUCUGUGACAAUAGUACUCCCCUUAACUCUGUUUCUAUUUAGCACCUCUGAUUUCUCUCUCCAGGAGAAAUUCAAUUUCCUUGUUCCAAGCCACCGGCCCUACUCUCUCUUUAAAUCUGUUCCGAAGCAAAACAAAAUCCUCAAAGUCUCCCAUUCAGUCUCCAUCUUCUGGGCUACUUGUCAUCUUCUUUGCAAUGUAACAUCCCUUUCCCAUAUAGUCACUUUCUGUCCUUACUGCACACUGUCACAACCAGUGCUUGAAAGAAACUUCUUCACCAGAACAAAGCAGCUGUCCCAUCAACCACGUGUUAAGUGAUGUUUCCAAGACAAGAACACAGGCAACUGGUCACAUAUCUCGACAUCAAAGGCAGCCUUUUGUUGUUGACUAUUCUUUAAAAUUUCAACUAGAGCACCAGAGAGAGAGAACCAGUCCUGGGACUUCCUCCUGUGAUUAUCUUCCUCUCUGAACGCAAAGUCCUCUGGAGUACGUAGUUGUUCUUCUCUUCUGGGAACCAGGUAUCCGGAAAGUUGUCAGUCCGCAGAACUGGAGCAUAAACUCUUUAAUUCCUCAUGCUUUACAUGACGAUAUGAUGCGUAAUGCCAAUAACAGGAAUCGUAAAAUCAUGGCAACUGUUAAAAGGAAAACUAAAUGUUUUCCGUUAUCUCUGUGGAAAAAUGCUUUAAUGGUGGCAAUUUGUCACGAAGUUAUCUCCAGAUCUGCCUGUGUCCGUGACAGGGGGACAUCAGGCCCACAGCCGAGGGAAGGGGAGGGUGUCAGCUGUUGACAGGCUGGUUCAGCCUGCACUGUGACUAAUGGGGCAGGGGAUCUACGGGUCUACACCCUGGGAAAAGGGAAAGGAAAAGGGGGAAGGGAGAUGGGAGAUGGACCUAAGAACAGAACAGCGGCAAUGAUCUGAGGAGGAGAGUUAAUUUCCUACGUAUGAUAUUGGAAUACAAGACAACACACUGUAAUACAAUAUAUGAUUGGAAUUGAGGCUAAUAAAUAAAAUGAGAGAGAGAGAGAGUGGCUGCCCAGAGCCACAUCCAGCCUGGCCUUGAGUGCCUCCAGGGAUGGGGCAUCCACAGCCUCCUUGGGCAACCUGUUCCAGUGUGUCACCACCCUCUGAAUGAAUCCUUUGAUUGCAUCGUCAACAAGUUUGCUGAUGGCACCAAGCUGAGUGAUGUGUUUGACACGUUAGAAUGAUGAUCAUAGAUUCAAAGAAUCAUAGAAUUUCUCAGUUGGAAAAGAUCUUAAAGAUCACCAAGUCCAACAGCAAUUUAACCAUACUACCCUAACUCUAACAACCCACCUCUAAAUCAUGUCCCUGAGCACCACAUCCAAAUGGUGUUUAUAGUCAUUCAGGGAUGGUGACUCAACCGCCUCCUUGGGAAGCCUAUUCCAGUGCGUAGCCACCCUUUUUGUAAAGAAGUCUUUCCUGAUAUCCAACCUCAACCUCCUCUGGCACAACUUGAGGCCAUUUCCCCUGUUGGUGUCGUGAGAAGACACCAACCCCGCUCUCACUGCAAUCACCUUUCAGGUAUUUGAAGAGAGCAAUAAGGUUUCCCCUCAGCCUCCUCUUCCCCAAACUAAGCAGCCCCAGUUCUUUAGUCUCUCCUCGGUGCACUGUCCAGAGAGACCUCAACAAACUCGAAAGUUGGGCCCUUGUGAACCUGAUGAGGUUCAACACAACAACCGACAGUGAACCGUCGCGAUGCUAGAAGAACACUUGAUGACAUCAAAGAUCACCAAACAAGGCAAUGUCUGUUGGGCAGUCACCAGCAGCGGAUAUGAUCAUGAAUUUGGGAAUGUAAGGAAUAUGUAACAAAUGUGAAAAUAUAACCCGUUCAUAAACGAACAGCUGGUGGAUCGUUCUUGUAGAGUUAUCCUGAUGCCACCCCAAUGCUGCCAAGAAAGAAUACCUUGCUUUGAAUGAAUUGUCGGCCCAGGUGGGACAAUCUCUGCUCAGCUGCAGAAGCCGUUGAGAACAGGACCUCCUUGGCACCCCUGCAGAGUCCUCUGGAGAGAAUCCUUGCCUCAACUGGAUCACUGUGGGAACAGACAAGGACCAUCUGAGGAAUAAAAAAAAUAUAUAUAUUUCUUUUUAAGUUUUGGGGAGCAGUACACUGGAGAGCCACCUGUAAGUUGGUGAAGAUCACAGGGUUGGCUGGAUUUGGAAGAACCAAUUGCAGGCGGGAGUGCUGCUGGGUCUGGGAAGCCACCUGUAAGUAGACAGAGAUCGGAGGGUUGGUGUAUGAGCACCCAGGUUUACAUUUGGGCAACACCUGAUUGUUGGUUCAUGUUCUACUGGGUACGUCUGGGUUUUGAAAGUGCUGAAACAUGGCUUUGUUUAAGCAUGUUUUUGUUUAAUGCCUAAGGAAACUGGGAACAUAAAUAUAUUAGUCCCUAAAUGUGGGACUAAGUGAUGGGUGUUCGUGGAAGUUGGAGAACUGUGCUUUUGACUUGUGGUUUUAGGAAGUAGAAGGACAAAAUGUUUUGAUGGCGUGUGGAAUUUUAUUUGAUGACAUAUGGAAUUCUUGAUUUUAAUGGUACGGAAGUGUAAUUGGUGGUAAUAUACGGGAUCAUGACUGAUGGCAUGGAUUUUUAAAGAUACACAAAAUCUACAACUAACAGUUAACAAAAGUGUGAUUAGGUGGAAUUUGCGGUAUCCUGAAAUUAGUGAUUCAUGCAACAGUUUGCUGUUGUGUUGAGAACUGUAUGUUAAUGUGAACAGCAUUAAAUGGAAGGCAACUAUAUAGGUUGGUUUGCUUCAGAAUAGGGAUUAGUAGAUUAGUUUAAGAACCAAUAUAUUAGUUUAGCAAAAGAAGUCCAUUAAGUGAUGCUUCUAAAACUUUCCAUUUCAGCUAUAGUGGGUGAACAGUCCUAUUAUUCCUCUGUAGUUUUGCACUGGGGACAUAAUAGAACACUUUUCCUCAAUUGUUUUGCCUCGCUAGAAGCACUGGAGUCAGAAUGAAAUGCUUCUGUCCUUUGCCUCAAAAUGAUCAAGGGCAUUUUCCUCAGGUUCCACACACACUGCUGUUAAGAAGUGGGUCACUAUGGGCAGUGGAAUGGGUCGCUAAGCAGUGGAAAUCUUCCAAACUGGGGAAAAGUGGAUGGAAGUGUGACAAGGCUUCAGUGAUGCAGCUGAUGGAGAAAAAAGGGGAAGAAGUAGUUGGGCACUCGCCCACCCUAGAUACCACUGAGAAUGCCCAAAGGGACAUCAGCACAUAUCUGGGAGUCCAUGAAAAGAAUGAAUGUGUGCCAGUGUGUGCAUAUGCAUGUCUUAACUGUUCAGAUUUAGGAGCUGAACUCUGAGAGGGCGUGCUUGCUUGUCAGGUCACAUUGUAGGAAUGGAAUGUUGUUUCUGCAUUAGGUAUUGAAAAAGAGGAAUUGAUCUGAAGAAGUAGAGCACAGUGUAUUUGUAUUUUGUAACUUGUCCUUAGAAAUAGCUGACGUGUAAAUGCAGAAAUACCAUCUAUGUUAGUAACAUAUUUUAGAAAUAUAUUUGUUGAAUUGUGUGAUUAAUUCUUGCUUGCAAAACUGCAGUAGCUUUCAAAUGUUCCAAAUAGUAUAGGUAUAGUAUUAUGGACUAGAAAGCAUACUGUAGGGCUGUUCUGUUUGGAUAAGAGACCCUCAGCAAAAGAAAAGCAGACUUAACAAACAUCAAAGCAGGCAGGGCCUCUGCACAAGGCUGGCUUGCCUCGCUCUGUGGGUAGGUUGGGAUGCAACAGGCAGGGAUGAAGACACUCCCCCCAUCCUCCUUCUGAGCUUAUCUCUAUGCAAGGACGAGCAGAUGUCCAGAAACAAGGAGCGAGCGUUGAAUGAGCAGGUGUGAGAAGUAAUUAGUGAUGUAUGCUUAGCUAGCAACAAGUGAUGUUUAGCCAGUAUCCGUGUGUUCAGUUGAGCGUCGGGAAGAUUGUGAACCUGCAGUACUCAGCCAAUGAGGAACCAGGGCAGAAAGAGAGAAGCGUUGAGUGAUAGGGCAUAAAGAAUGUAACGCUGUUUUCUGUGUGCUCUCCUGCUUGCAGGAGGCCCACCAUUGCAAAUGCAAAUAAAAUCUGCUUUCUCACAGGUA